AUGCGUUUCUUGAUGGCCAAAACUCCAGAGCAAAGGGUAGAUGUUGAUCUGGACACUCAUUACACACAGCUUAGGUUUCAUUCUUUUAUACCAUAUCAUAUGAUGAUGAUGCUUAUAUUAUCCAUUAUCCAAUCCUACAUACAGUUUGAACCUUACCCCAUGUAUCUAUGCAGGAAUAUCUUGAACAACAUAUUGGAGUUAAAACAAGAAGACAGGUAUUAUAUCCGGGAUAUGUGGAAGGGAUAUCAGCUACUAGGAUGCAGUCAAAUCAUGGGUUUGAUGGCCAGGUCAACGCCUGCUGCUUUUUUACUGCAACAAGGAGUUGGGGUCAAAGGGUUGGCUAAAAGUUCUACUGCAACUGCAGAAGUCCCACCUUUGCUUGAAGAAAAUGGGAAAAUUGAGGUGUGGAGGAUUAAUGGCAAUGCUAAAACCACAGUACCCAAAGAAGAUAUUGGUAAACUCUACAGUGGAGAUUGCUACAUUGUUCUUUACACUUACCAUUCUAAUGAAAAGAAAGAAGAUUACUAUUUGUGUUGUUGGAUUGGCAAAGAUAGCAUCGAGGGUCGUGUAUUUCAAGGGAAAGAGCCUCCACAAUUUGUCGCCAUCUUUCAGCCUAUGGUUGUGUUAAAGGCUGGAUUGAGCUCUGGAUACAAGAACUCCAUUGCAGACAAAGAAUUGAAUGAUGAAACCUACACUUUAGAUGGUGUAGCCCUAAUUCAGAUAUUUGGCACUUCACCCCAUAAUAAUAAAGUUGUUCAAGUAGAUGACGUGGCAACCUCAUUGAAUACGUCUGAAUGCUUUCUUCAUUAUUUAAAGGCGAUAAAGAAGAAGAUAGAUGAGGUGGUUGAGGAAGCUGUGGAGUUUGUAGAUGAAAGCCGUGCUCCUUCAAGAAGCCAACUGCUGGAAAAUGUGUUUGCAGAUCCAAGAGGGUUUGGAAUUGGACCUGAUGGAAGUUACAGGUGUGAGGAUCCUAAGUUUACUGAAGGCACUGCUCAGGUUUGUUACUUCACUCGUGUGGUGAAAGUUGCUGAUGUAGCUGGUAUUCUAAGGACUAAAAGUCCUAAUCUAUUCCGUCAAUUAGGAUUGAUGCAUAUAUUUGUAGUUCCACGUGCUUCUCGUGUGAUUGGCAUGAUCACCAGAAAGGACUUGAUAUUUGAGUCUGUAGAUUACGGUCACAUGGCAGAAAUACUUGUACAAAGAGCAUCUUCCCCUGAUGAAUUCACCAGUUGA